GGGAUCUCUCCGGGCUGGCACCUCUUUGGCCGGGGUUUGGGUUGCCAGAUUUCGGCGCGCGGGUCGAAACGAAGCGAGGAGGGCACCGGCGGGAACCGCCGCGGCGACAGGCGCGACAGGGGCACGCGGGGCUCCCCUCACGGCGGCCCGACGCCGAGGCCGCGGGCUGCCCCAGCCGUAAGUAAGCGCCAGCGAGGAGGUCGCACGCCGGGGGAGGGGCCGGGCCCUAUUUUCGGCUGGGUGUACCGAACGCGCUUUCGGCGUGAAACGGGGAGACCAGCGGCCGGCGGGCGACGGGGGGAAAGGAGGGACCCCGACCGCAACCCCGCCGCCGCCAGCAACCGCCAACCCGCGCGGCCGCCGCCGCCGCCGCAGCCCCCCUCAGCGCCUUGUCCCCGGGGAGACGCCCCGCCCGCCGCGCCGCGCUGCACCCAGGGAGCUGUAGUCCGGCCGCGCCGGCCACCCCCCGCCCCCGCAACCACCGCGCUCCCCUCCCCCACCGCCCCCGGCCCGGGGGGGAGAGCGGCGCCGCGGCCGCUCUCGCGAGGCUUGGGGGCGGGAGCGCUCUCGGGCGGCCUCCUCGCGAGGGCGGCCGCCGCUGCCGCGGGGCUGUUUGGUGCGGGCGCCAUUCCCCCGCGUGACGUCACAGUGCAUUGUUGUGAGCGUAGCGGAGCAUCCCUCAAGCUGUCAGCUGUGCCGCCGCCGCCGCCGCUACCGCCGCUGCGGGGACCGAGCCGAGCCGGCCCGGCCCCCUCUCCCCUCUCCUCCUCCUCCUCCUCCUCCUCCUCCUCCCCUCCUCCUUCCUCCCCUCCUCCUCCUCCUUCUUCUUCUCCUCCUCCUCCUCCUCCUCCUCCUCCUCCUCCUCCCCCGCCCCUCCCGCCCCGGGGGCUCCAGAGCUCGGUGUCACCGUAUCAUUGUCCGUGCGGAACCCCUCCGGGCCCCCCCCGCCCCCCCGGUCCGCCCUCCCCCCGCCCCCCCAGAACCACCUCAAUGAGAUGCAAACGAAAGACAAGAGGAAGAAGAAGGACCGCACCUGGGCCGAGGCUGCCCGCCUGGGAGGAGCUGCCCAGGUGUGCUGAGGGGCCUGUACUCAGGAAGAGAAACAGGGAUUCCUCCACAGCAUUGGAAAAGUACCCCAACUCACCAAUGACUGCAAAACAAAUACUGGAAGUCAUUCAGAAAGAAGGGUUAAAAGAAACAAGAAAUGGAACCUCUCCAUUAGCUUGCCUGAAUGCAAUGCUUCAUACUAACACUCGUGUAGGUGAUGGAACAUUCUUCAAAAUCCCUGGGAAGUCAGGACUCUACGCUCUCAAAAAGGAAGAAUCAACAUGCCCUACUGAUGGAACAUUGGAUUUAGGAUGUGAUUCUGAGUUAGAUGGCACUGAAAUGGCUGAGACAAACAAUAAUAAUGGAGAAGAAAAUGGUGUUUGCCCAAAGCAGACAUCUGAAGAAAUGUCUUCCAAUCGUGAUUCAAGCCUUACUAAUGCACCAGUGCAAAGCAAGCUAGUAUCUUCCUUCCAGCAGCACACAAAGAAAGCACUUAAGCAGGCUUUAAGACAACAGCAGAAAAGAAGAAAUGGAGUCUCAAUGAUGGUAAACAAGACUGUUCCUCGUGUUGUUUUGACACCAUUAAAGGUGUCUGAUGAGCAGUCGGAUUCACCUUCAGGAUCUGAAUCUAAAAAUGGUGAAGCAGAUGGUUCUGAUAAAGAGAUGAAACAUGGGCAAAAGUCUCCAACUGGAAAACAAACAAGCCAGCACUUAAAGAGGUUAAAAAAAUCUGGUUUAGGACAUUUGAAAUGGACCAAAGCUGAGGAUAUUGACAUAGAAACACCAGGAUCUAUUCUAGUGAACACUAACCUGAGGGCUUUAAUAAAUAAACACACCUUUGCUUCUUUACCUCAGCAUUUCCAACAAUACCUCCUGCUUUUGCUUCCAGAAGUAGACAGGCAGAUGGGAAGUGAUGGAGUUUUGCGCCUCAGUAGUUCCGCUCUAAAUAAUGAAUUCUUCGCAUAUGCAGCACAAGGGUGGAAACAGCGAUUGGCAGAAGGAGAAUUUACACCAGAAAUGCAGUUGCGCAUCAGACAAGAGAUUGAAAAAGAAAAGAAAACAGAACCUUGGAAGGAAAAAUUCUUUGAAAGGUUUUAUGGUGAAAAAUUGGGAAUGUCAAGAGGGGAAUCAAUGAAACUCACUUCAGUGCAGAACAAUGAUGAAGAUGAAAGCAAUUCUUUGUGUGGAUCUUCUGGCACACCUGGUCCUUCUAAGCAAGGAACCUUUGAAGACCAAGAAGAGAAAGGUGCUAAAAUUCCACCUUUACCAGAGAGAGAUUAUUGUCCAUCUGUUUGUAGUAUGGAACAGGUUCCUGUCAAGGAUCUAAUGGCAGACUCAGAGGAUAUACUGAUACCUGAAGAAUCGAUCAUUCAGGAGGAGAUUGCUGAAGAGGUUGAGACAAGUAUUUGUGAAUGCCAAGAGGAGAACCAUAAAACAGAACAUGAGUUUUCUGAGGAGUCAGUAAGUCCAGCUGGCACAAAUGAAGAAACAGAGGCAGUACAGCUUGCAGACAGCACUGAGUCCUGUGUCAUGAUGAAUGAUGUAACUGAUACUGUAUCUCACAUUGAAAUUAAAGUGGAGUUGAAGUCAGAAUGCUCUCAGGAGGAGAUGUCAGUUGUGAUAGAUCAGCUGGAGGAUUGCGUAUCACCAGCACGAUCAGCUUCAUCCACAAACUCUGUCAGUGAUACAGCAGAGAAGGAUUCUGAGUCUGCAAAAGAGCUAAUUGCACCAGAAAUGCAAAAUGCUGCUCUGGAAGGCUCCUUGUUCACUGGUGGAGGCAUUGCGGUGGAUAUGGAGCUUCAAAGUGACCCUGAGGAACAGUUGUCUGAGAAUGCUUGUAUUUCUGAAACUUCCUUUUCCUCUGGAAGUCCAGAAGGACCGUGUGUUUGUAUUGCCUCUCCUGGAGGAGACACUCAGUCGACUUCAGAGGAACCCUGUACUCCAGCAUCUCUUGAAACAGCUUGCUCAUCUGAAGUAUCCAGUACUGAAAACAUUGAAGGUGAUAUUCAGCAAAAGGCCAGUGAUGAAAACUUGCACACACCUUUAAUGUCAGAAAUCUCUCCAAUGUCCACCUCACCUGUAACCUCAGAAGCAUCUCUGAUGUCAAAUUUACCUUUAACAUCAGAGGCAUCACCAGCUUCUAAUUUACCUUUAACAUCAGAAACAUCUCCAAUGUCUGAUUUGCCUUUAACAUCAGAAACAUCUUCAGUAUCUUCUGUUCUUCUAACUUCUGAAACAUCUGUGGCAAAUAGUUUGCCUCUUCCAUCGGAGACAUCUCCAGUUUCUAAUUCCCCAAGCAAUGAAAGACUUACUCUGCAACAAAGGAAAUCGCCGUGUUUGUUGGAAGACUCCCUUCCCACUUUGAAAGAAGACAGCUCUGCCAUUCCUAAGGUGGUUCAAGAAGAGAAUCUUGUUGUUCAGCCAAAGCAACUUCAGACUGCUCCUGAAAAUAUGAAAGUUGGUCCACUAACAAUUAUACCUGAUACUUCAGUAUUGGAAGAGCCCCAAAGCAAAAGCCUCAGUCAUCAGCCAUGUAAGUCACAUUCUGAAAUUGAGAAAUCUUACAUUGCAUCCAUCCCAGAACACUCUCCUCCAGAGGUGAUCAAAAUUAAAAAUCACAGUGUUCAGCAAAGAGGUGACAAGAAAGGUGCACUCUUGCCAUCAGAGGUAGCUGUCUUAUCAGAAGGAUCAGUUGGCAAAAAUAUCGAACUGCUUCCAUCAAAGCCACAUGAUAAACUAUAUACCUCAUCUCUAGAGAAAGCUACGUUCUCUGAAGUGUGCAGAAGUAAAUCUCACAAGCUAACAGGCAGCACCCAAAGCCGUCUAGAGAGUUCACAUUCUUCCAAGUCAUUAGAACCCACAAAAUCACCCGAAGUGAGGAAUGAAAGUAGAGACCCAGAGAUCCCAAAAAGGAAAACAGCAGAACAGCACAGUUUUGGAAUCUGCAAAGAGAAGAGAGCUAGAAUAGAUGAUGAUCAGCCUAACCGUAGUGCUUCAUCAACAAGUCCGUCUGAUAAAGAUCAGCCACCCAGAGAAGAACCCCGAGUUCCACCCCUUAAGAUUCAGCUUUCAAAAAUUGGACCGCCUUUUAUCAUCAAGAGCCAACCUGUUUCUAAACCAGAACCUCGAGUUUCCCCAAGUACAUCGGUCAGCAGUGGGAGAAACACUGGGGCUAGAACUCUUGCAGAUAUCAAAGCAAGAGCUCAGCAAGCAAGAGCCCAAAGAGAAGCUGCAGCUGCAGCAGCCGUGGCAGCAGCUGCGAGCAUAGUGUCUGGAGCAAUGGGGACCCCAUGCGAAGGUGGGAAGACAAGAACGCUGGCACACAUCAAGGAACAAACAAAGGCUAAGCUAUUUGCAAAGCAUCAAGCCAGAGCUCAUUUACUCCAGACUAAUAAAGAAUCAAAGUCGCAAUUCAGCUCAAAGGAAAGUACCUCAUCUCUGGAGAUACCAACUUCUACUGACACAAAGAUUGAAGGUUCUACUGGUGUCAUCAUAGUUAAUCCUAACUGCAGGUCCCCUAGCAACAAGUCUGCUCAUCACCGUGAGACUACCACUUUAUUGCCGCAGUCACUUAACACAGCUAUAUUACCAGAAACUGCUACUGAGAUAUCGGUGCACAGUUCUGAUGAAAAUAUACCUAUGCCACAAUUGUGUGAGAAAAUUAUUUCAUCUACCUCUACUGAAAGUAACAGUGUGCCAGUGCUUUAUAAUAAAAGUUCAGUCUCUGUGUCUGUUUGCAGCACUGCUAUGUCUGGAGCAAUUAAAGAACUUUCUUUUGCAAGUUCUGUUGAUAAAUCCUCUGUUUUAAUGUCUGUUGACAGUGCAAACACAGCAGUUUCAGCUUGUAAUAUAAAUAUGCUGAAAACCAUCCAAGGGGCUGAUACUCCAUGCAUAACUGUUGGACCAAAAUGUAUUGAUAACACUAAUGUACCAGUCUCCAUAGACAAUACAGUCUUAUCAAACGCCAUCGAUGACAAAAGGUUGCUGAUACCAAGUAGCAAUGCGAAUAACACAGUCUCCAGUCAUUAUGCCACUGUGCCAGCUUCAUCUAUUGCAAAUAAUUUGCCAAAUCAUCUCUCUGGUAGUUCUGUACUGAUUCCCCCAGUGGGGACUACCAACAGAUUUUCUUCUGAUAAGAUAGCCAUAACUGGGUGUAAUGAGCAAAGCACUGUCUCCAUUCACACUACCGUUAGGUCAGCUUUAAGUUGCAGUGAGGCCCUUGCAGUAGCAGAUGCUGUUGCAAGGCCACCCAUUUCAAUGUUCACUGGUAACAUGGUGACAAUAAGCUCUUACGAUAAUGCUACUAAAUUAAAUGCUGAUCUCUUAGAAAAAAGCUCUGGAGCACGAAACCGAAUGGAUCUCUCUGGUAAACCCCAGCCAGUGAGCUUUACACAAACUGCCAUGAAUAGGUCUAUACCUUGCAAAGUCAUUGUUGACCACACUACAAAUCUGAAUUCCAGUCUGUCACUUUCUUCUUCUAUUGAAAAUGCAGAGAACAGCAUUGACCUGCAGAGCAGACCUGUAAGGACAGAAGCUGCCUUACAAAGUAUAGCCUGUCCUCAGGUGUCUGUCAUAAGCAGGCCUGAAGUGGUCUCUAAUGAAAGCCUUGAGCACAGUUCCAGCUUUAUCACCAUUACAGCAAAGCAAGACAGCAAGAACUUGCAGGCAGGUUGUUCAAGUCUUCGAGAAGUGCCUCUUGCUCCUCAAGAUAAAUUAAUUGAGGUGGUUACUCCCAGCCAAGGUUUUGCUGAGCAAUUAAGAGGUCCUUCAGCAUUUAAAAAUGAAGCAGAUGCUGCCUGUGCCAGUCAGUAUAGCACUAACAAUAGAAUUUGUUGGCAUGAUGAAGAGGCAAUGAGUACAGACCAGCCAGUGGUCAGCCAUCUUAACUCCGGUAAGCAUAAGGAAUACGCAGAGCAAAACUGCUUAAAAAAUGUCAAAACCGAACCUUCCAGUUACACGCAAAUGUCAGAACUGCAAUCCAGGAGUCUUCUGACGAGCAUUGCUGUUCCUGUUAAAUCGGAAACGAAUGAGUCUGACAAGUGCUUCAGGAUGGACACCGAGGAUUUUACAGGACCUGAAAUGCCUGCCCAGACUGCAGAAAUAGCCACGAGCACGCAGCCACCGCAGACCUCCAAGACAUCCAUUGUGGACUCUGUGGAAGACACCCUGUCCCUGACAACAGAAACCCUAAAGAGAGUUACUGGUGCCGGGGGCUCUAGCUGUCGCUUGUCGUCAGUGGAGGCCAACAAUCCUUUAGUGACACAGUUACUGCAAGGCAACCUGCCUUUAGAGAAAGUACUGCCGCAGCCCAGAUCAGGAGCCAAACUAGAAAUUAACAGGCUUCCCUUGCCUUUGCAAACUACCUCAGUAUGUAAAACAGUAGUGUCCGAGAGAAAUAGUGUUGAACAUCCUUCCAACUCUCCUAAUCCAGAUGGUAAAGGAUUUACAGCAGGCAGCGUAGCCCCGCUACAAAUCAGAAAGCGUGAAAACCAUCCGAAAAAGAGGAUGGCCAGGACUGUAGGGGAACACGCUCAAAUUAAAUGUGAGCCUGGGAAGGUGUCAAUGGACACAGAUGUUAAAGCGGCUCCUUGUGUAAUUAGUUCCAGCAUGAAUCAGCUAGGGCAUGGUCAGCCAUUUAAGCAGGAGUGGCUGAACAAACAUGCCAUUCAGAGCCGAAUCGCUCACAGCCCAGAGAUCAAGCAGCAGAAGAGGCCGUUGCCUUCAUGCAGUUUCCAGCAGAGCUUAUUUCACAUUGAUAAAAAUGGCAGCUUUCACGCAGAAGCUAGUACCUCACAUAGACAGCAUUUUUACCAAAUGUCCAUGGCUGCAAGAGGCCCCAUUCCUACGGCAGCUUUGUUGCAAACUACUUCAAAAGGCCCACCUGGCUGCAACGCAUUUGCUUUUAGCAGACACCUGGAACAGAAGGGCUUGGGAGAUGUGAAUAUUUCUACAGCAGCUCACCAGCUGAGGCUAGGAAGUGUGUUUUCCCCUAAUAUUCAAAUUAAGGAAGGUGAUGACAUUGCCAGUGCCUCUCAAACUCUGCAGAGCAAAACACUAGUGCAUCCCCCUCCUCCCCCUCCACCCCUGCCACCUCCUCCCCCUCCUCACCCAAAUGCAGAAGUCCCCUCUGAUCAAAAACAACCAACAGUUACUAUGGAAACCACUAAAAGACUUAGUUGGCCUCAGCCAGCAAGCAUCUGUAGCAAUAUAAAAUCUGAACCUAUUUCUUUUGAGGAAGGUUUAAGCAGCAGCUGCGAACUGGGCAUGAAACAAACUUCCUAUGAUCAGAACGAAGUGAAAGAACAGUUAAAAGCGUUUGCAUUAAAAAAUGCAGAUUUCUCUUCCUAUUUACUUUCUGAGCCACAGAAGCCUUUUACCCAACUUGCUGCUCAGAAAAUACAGACGCAGCACCCACAGCAGCAGCAGCAGCUCUGUGGAAAUUAUCCAACAAUACACUUCGGUAGCACAAGCUUCAAAAGGGCAGCAUCUGCAAUUGAGAAAUCGAUCGGGAUUUUAGGAAGUGGCUCAAACACUGCCACAGGCCUGUCUAACCAGAAUGCGCAGAUCCCGGUUCAGAAAUUUGCUGACAGUAGCAAUGCCGAUGAACUGGAACUGAAAUGCUCUUGCAGGCUGAAAGCCAUGAUCGUGUGCAAAGGCUGCGGAGCCUUCUGUCAUGAUGACUGCAUAGGGCCUUCCAAACUGUGUGUAGCUUGUCUGGUUGUACGAUAGGAACUGAAUCAAAGAUGCAGUAUCCCUUACCAGCGUGGGAGAGCAGGACAAAGGAACAGAGAAAUUGGAACAGUUUAGGCCACUAAUGGUUUGCAAUUAGUUGAUUGAUUUUUUUUUUUAAUCGUUUUUUUUUACUUCCAAGUGGUGCUUUCAGAAUUUAGUUAUUCCUGCCUGAGUGCCAUUUUCUGGGAAGAAGAGGAAACCUGUAGAAGUAGUUUAAAAAAAAGAUAGCCUUGUUACUGAAGCUUCUAUGAGCUCUCUUACUGUGCUAAAAAAAAAAAAAAGGCAUUAAUGCAUGACAUUUGUAGCUUCUAUUUAUUUGCACAAAGUGCAGCACAUUUUUUUCUCCACUUUUUGAUAGUUGAUACAAGCUGCAGGUUAAAGAUCAGUGGAAGAAUAACUCUGCAAGAAGUGGAGUAACUAUGCAGAAUGAAUAACACACUGAAUAGUGACUGUUUUGAGUGGGGUAGUGGCAAGGUGUGGGGUAUUGGCCAUCGUAGCUCCGAAGUCAGUUUGCAGUUUUUCUGCUGAUAGGAUUGUUUUCUUCAAUUGACUUUCACUAUCUAGGGCUAAAAUAUAGUCACCUCACCUACCAAAAAAAAAAAAAAAAAAAAAGAGGAGUUUCAAUUGUUAGAGGAGUUUCCUUAUAUGCCUGCCAGGGACUAUGGAGCUCAAAUCUUACUCAUCAUCUCUUCUUAUUGAUUCCUUCAGAAAAAAUUGUAUAUGCGAUGGGUUAGUGGGACCAAAACUGGAAUCACAUUGGCUUCAGUAGGGUCUGGAGAAAGUAACUUCUCUACUGGGGCUUAAAAACCUGUUUUCUCUUCCUGUUUCCCACUCAAAUAUUCUUUAUUUGCAUUUGUCUCUCUAAUCUGUCCACUUGGUUUGUCAGUCCCAAAUAUAUAUAUAUAUAUAUAUUUAUAGGGUCAGACUUAUGUAAUAGGUUCUGGAUGUUUUAGCCUUUCUGUGGCCUAAAAAUGAUGCGCUUUUGUGAUGAAUGAAUAAGGAAGGAUUCUAAUUGCGUAUCAGUUAAAUAUUAGAUAACCAGUUGUUUUUCCUCUUACGUGAGUUACUCUAUUUAAAAAACAUCUCAGAGUUUUGCCAUUUAAAGUAAUUCUUAGAAUUACUUACAACACUGACUUUUUUUUUUCUCAAAGGAAUUCAGACCCCUUACUCUACCUUUUAGAAAUCUGGAAUCAAAAAGGCAUUUUUAGAAGGGAUACUGCAUCUUUAAAGUAACCUUCAGUAUUUAUCCAGUACUGUAUUUACAUUCAGGACUAUAGCUGCAUUCCAGAUGCGCUAGCCACCAUAACAGCAGAGAAGAAAAACAAUAAUUUUGGGGCCCUAUUCACCUAAAAGGAAAAUAUUAUGAAGGGAUAAAGCACAUGCCAUUGCUGGGGAGAUGAAAAUACCUUGGGUUUUUUUAUUCCCACUUCAAAAACACAAAAUGUGGAGUGCAAGUCAUCCAUCUGCCAAUAUGUGGUUCGGUCUGCCCAAAUGUCAGCAUGAGAGAGAAAUGUUAUUUUUACCAUUACAGUAGAACCUCACUAAUCCAAAGACCUUACAGUCUGGUCAAAAAAAUGGUUUUCCUUCCACAAUUUUCAGAGAGCAACGUAGUAAGAAUGUGCAAGAUGUAAUACUGCUUGGACUUCCUGAUGCAUUUACUGUUGCUUUCUGAAAUACUAAUGUGAAUCAUAGAACUACAUUUAGGAAAUAAAAACUAUGCUACAUUUUACACUAUACUCUUUUUAUAUAAUCGUUGUUUGAAUACUUACUCAUAAGCUGUAGUUGAUCUCCCUGACAUGGGUGCAUAUUAAUGAGGUUCUACUGAAUGGAGGAACCACAUUUAUUUUCUUGUGGGACCAUUUUCACAAACAUGAUAAAUGCCAUUUAUUGUCUUAAAAGUGAGCUGGAAUAUCUACAACAUACAUUCCUGUCAUAGGAAGCUCUAUGGUGCACCUUGAUGUUCUCUUUUAUUGUAAUUAGCAACAUAUCAAUAUUAUUUUUGACACUGUGUGGUACAAAGGCCAUUUAUAAUUACACUAACAAAUUUGUUGCUGGUACAAUAAUAUAUUUUUUCUAUACAAAAGUGCUCCUUAAUAUGACAUGUGAGUUAAGAAACGGCUUCUCAGCACUUUUCAAGUCUUCUGGUAGGAAAAUAAGCCAGCCAAGCAAAAACCUAGGAGUAACUACAUGAAAAUUAGCAUCCAGUGCUAGGCCAGCUGCUGGCAAAACAGUGACUGAAAAAUACUCAUGAGUAAGCAUGAGUGUAGUCAGUUAAUGCAUAUCAAAUUCAUAUUUGAGGAGCCUUUGUAUCGGAAUUAUAUUGCAUUGUAUUUAUACGGGGUAGAGGUAGGAUACUUCUAUUUAAAAUAAAGCAAGCAACCAGUCUUAGACUUCUAAUAACCUAUGUUUAUAUAAGCCUGCUGGGAAUCCUUAUUUCUAGCUCAGGUUUUCCUGUCCACAGCACAUAAGUCAAUAUUUGUUUGUACUUGCAUCUUGAAAUACUUCUUGUAUUGACUGACAUAAUACAGAAAUAAAUUCCGGCCACAAAAUAGUUUUACUUUGUUCGAAGGAUAAGAGUGUGACUAAUGUGGUAGGUAACUCAUUCAUGUCAUAUUGUCAUUUUUGUAUCAGGAUUGCAACUUGCAUGUGUGAGGUCAUGAUAAAAUGUUAUUUAAAAUGGCAUUAGACUGGAUGGUGCUAUGUUAUAUUACACAACCGACCAAACUCUUCCAUAGUGCAGUUCCACUCCUUUCAUUCUUGAGUCAUUGGAGUUGCACCAGGAAUAAAUUUGACCAAUUAGUUAGCAACAGUCAUGAAGUGUUGUUACAGAUUAUAGUUUUAGGGUAUUAAAAUACUCAAAAGCAACUGCGGUGAUAUAGGAGCCUGACUGAAUCCUAGUGUGACCGAAAACCUUACUUGGAUUCUGGUAUCACACAGAUGCUUGGGGGAGAGUGACCUUUGGUCUUCAAUAAGAACACAGUCACAUUUAGACGUUAAUUUUGAAUUACUUUUUUUGUUUAAUUGUCCAGGUUUCAGGCCCAGUGUCAUUGUGUUUUCUAAUGACCAUGCAGUUUGCACCGUGGGGUGUUAAUAGUUUAUGCACUGAAAAGUGGUGAAAGAAUUGCUUAAGAACACACUGCUCUGUGUUUGCGUGUACGUAUGUGUCCCAAUGUCCAGCAUGUAUAAUUUACCUUUUUUUUUUAAACCUCCAAAAUUGUUCCCCCACUCCUACCCCUGGAGCAGCACUUUUGGGUGAGAGGGAGAAACACGCUUUUUUCUUUCCUCCCUCUUUAUUGUUUUAAUUGCAUACCUGUGAGAUAUGCAGAUAAUGUUAGGGCAUUUGCAGUGUGUGUGUUUGUGUGUUUCUGUUCUCAACUAAUUUUCCAAGCCGAAACUCCCUUUGAAAUCAUGUUUAAAAAAAAAUAAUUAAGAAAUGGUGAACUGGAUGCUCCCUGUUUGCAUUUUAUUUAUCUGCUGAGGUCUAGUACAUGAAAUAGCAUUUAAAAGACAAAAAUAAAGGUUGAGCCAUAAAGCAAAAGGUAUAUUCUCUGUACUAUAGACUUUCUUCUUGAGGGUGGUGCAUGUUGUCAGGGUAAGCUACAGAGCGUGCAGAUGGUUUUUCAGGGCCCUGCAAUUCCUUGCACAGUUUUUAAGCUGGUGCAUAUGGUGCUUUAUAAUGCAAUUUCUGAAGUAAAAUUACCUUAUGCUGCACCCCCUUCCCCUUAUAAACACACGCACAAUUUCAGAAUCGUUAUUGUAGCCUCUGGUUUAGCAGUUUCUCCAAGGUGUGGUGAAGUACCAGGAUAAACACUCAAGAUGAGCUGAGAAGUGUCACCGAAAUCGAUCAUUUUAGCUGACACACAUGAACGGCCCUGCUCUGAACACUGAAUGACUUCUGCAGUCUCCUGGCAGCAGCACAGCGGUUCAUCUUCUGUGGCUCUGCAGAACACUGGGGGGAAAGCAACAAAAUAUUCAGUGGAUUUAUCAUGGACCUGUGUAGCUAAAUGUUUCUGAAUCUAUGAAAUCCUGUUGUCUUCGGUCAUCAUGCUUUGUCACUGUAAAACCAACGAAAAGAAAAAAAGCAUUUUUUAGUCUAAUUUAAGGAGCUGCUUCUUUUAUAGCACAUAAUAUUUCGCUUUGUACUAUAUUUGAUAGUUAAAGAAUAAUUUAGUCCGUAGAAUAACUUUGUUGUAUUUGUACUGUUCAUGAAUGUUACAAGAAAAGUGCUUUACUUUGUUGCCAUAAUUCUCUUGUACUGCUGUAAAAUAUUUUUUCUGCUUUACAGAAACUUAACUCAAUUCACAUUUUCAGUACAGGGUUUUUUGUGUGUAUGUAUUUUUUUUGUCAGUAUUCUGAAUGUUUACAUCUGUUCGACAUUAGCCAUUCUAUGCCUUUAUAGGGCAGUAUUACUCCUGCAGUAUAACAGCAAUGUGAAAUCCACUCAUACCUACCAUGCAUGAGAAAUACAGAUUUAUUGGGGAGAUCCCUAAUGUGCAUAGAUAUUUUUUCUAUCCGCAUUCAAUGAAGUAAAUACCCUCCUUCAGUCCUCUACCAAAGAAAAUAUUAUUCCCACAGGACAAGCUCGGAAAGUGGUUCUCUGAAUCUUCAGAAGGGGGUGUAGUUGGUUUCAGCGGGAUUGCUAUGGUUUAAUGCUGUUAUGCUUUGCUUUGUUACCCCGCCAGAGGUGACUCGGUGAAACAAGCAUUUUAUCAAUUUUUUUGUUUCGAGACAGUGUUUUGUUUAGAAUUCAGGGAUCAUGCUUUCUUUAAUGGUGCUGUUUGUUUUAAUUUUUUUUUUAAGAAAACAACCUUUUGUUGCCUACAGAAAUGACCAUUCACAAAACCGUAAAUUAAAUAAAAUAAUUUGUCUUCAUAAAUUCUCUCUUCUCCCUUUCCUUUUCCCCUCCCCUGUUCCUUGAAAAUAACAACUUGGGCUUCAAUAUUAAAAUAUUCUGAAAAAAAAAAAAAAUAAAGAGAUAAAAUAAUAUUUGUCAUUUGUUUAUUUAUUUUAUGUUCAGUGCCUUAGGCAGGAGAUCCUGCUUGUGCACAUCCAUUGUAUGUACAGGUUGAUGAAAUAGAAAUGUGAGAGAAAAAUCAGUCCUUUGUAAAAGAUUUUUCAAUUACAAUGAUGUAAGACAUAGUUUGAAUGACUUCUGAUGUAACUCAAGUAUUAAUCAUCUUAUACUAGUAAAAUAAAACUAGGUGUUGUAUAUUAA